CAUUUUAUGUUAAAAAAUUUGUUAUCAUUUGAUAAGAGAUAGUAUUUUAAAUUCGUACUCAUAGUUUAGGUUUUGGUAUUUUAACAAACAUGAAAAACAAAAUGGUUAUGCAGUAGGAACUAUAUUUACAACUAGAUGGCAACGUUGUAGUAUGUAAGAUAUAGGUUAUGAUUUGUAUUCGUAUAACAGUGGUUGUCAUAGAAACAAUAUGAAAAGACGAACAUGUUUAAUCGAAUGUUUGGAAACUGUCAGGGAUCCAUUUUUUACUGGUUUUGAAAAAAGAAUUAAAGAGAGUGUUUAUAUUACCGAAAAUAGCAAAAUGAUUUAUAAAAACACACCUUGGUACAAAUCAUUACUAAACGCUGAGAAGUCGUGUAUAAAUAAUAAUAAAAUAAAGAAGAUUCAUUACAAGUUUGACGAUGGACGUGAAAUGGUUGAGGAGUAUAAUACGGACACACAGGUAUUAUUACGUAGAUCUUGGAAAGUGAAAGGAAAGUUGGGAGGUGAAGGAAAAUGGCAAGCAGAAAUUGGUGAUCCUGUCCCUGAAGUCACAACUAAUGUUGAAGUGGCAGAGUUAACUGAAUGUAAAGACCAGCCUAUACUCACAAGACGAAAUACUAGGGUAAAUUUAGAAUGGAGAAUUAGGAACUUACCAUACCCUAUAGAAACUUAUUCAAUUAAAGUUGAUAAUGAUAAUAAAAACAUUAUUGUAAGCACAACAAACAAAAAGUAUUACAAAAAGCUGGAAGUUCCAGAACUACAGAGAUUGAAUUUACAACUGCAACAAGCUAAUGUCCAAUCUUCUCAUAGUUUUAACACUUUGAUUAUUUCUUAUAAGAAACCACAGCCACUACUUGAUAUGGAAAAAGAAUGGUUUGAAGAGUUGAAAAAAGUCAAGCCUAUCAAAGAUAUUCCAAGUGAAUGCAACACACAAUAGUAAUAAAGAAAGUUAUUUUAUGUUUUUACUGUAUAAUUUGCAUUUAGAAUUGCAUUAGAAGUUAUAAAUAAAAAAGCUGUUAUUUCUUACAAUUA